AUGGAUUCUAUAUCGAUUCCCUCCUUCAUCAGUAAGGCUCUUCAAGGAAGAAGUCAACCUCAGGGAGAAAAUACAUCACCCAAAGCUCUCAAUCCCUUGACUUAUCCUAAAAGUUCUGAACCUUUUGAUCCGCGACUGUUCAAGAAUCCAUCAUCGGAGUAUCGAGGAUGUCCUUUCUGGGCAUGGAACACAAAACUCGACAAGGAUCAACUCCUUCGUCAAAUUGAUUAUUUUGCUGAGAUGGGAAUGGGAGGAUUUCACAUGCAUGUUCGUACCGGUCUUGAUACCGAGUAUAUGGGAACAGAGUUCAUGGAUAUGAUUCGUGCCUGUGUUGAUUAUGCCGAAACCAAACAAAUGUUGGCAUGUUUAUAUGAUGAUGAUAGAUGGCCUUCUGGAGCUGCUGGUGGUAAGGUUAUUGAGAAGUAUCCUGAGCAUAAAGGAAAACAUCUUCUCUUUACACCUCAUGCUUACGGAACAGUACCACUUGGUGGAGGUGCUCCUGCGUCAGCCAGAGCUACAAGAAGCGAAAAUGGACAUCUUGUAGCAAGGUAUGAAAUUGAAUUGAAUAGCCAUGGGACACUCAAAUCAAGUCGGAUCCUAAAUAAAGACGAACAUGGGGAGAACGUCUGGUACGCCUAUGUUGAGACGAAUCCUAUUUCAUCCUGGUUCAAUGAUCAAACAUAUAUCGAUACCCUCAGCGAAGAUGCGAUGGCUCGAUUUAUUGAGAUUACGCAUGAAGUUUAUAAAGAGAAAUGUGGUGACAAGUUUGGAACCGUCAUACCCUGUAUCUUCACCGAUGAGCCUCAAUUUGCUACUAAAACACGUCUUCCUCAUCCCCAAGCCAUCGAAGAUAUAUUUAUUCCAUGGACGAAUGACUUACCAGACAGCUUCAAGAAGGAGUAUCAUGCCGAUAUCAUGGAAACUUUACCUCAGAUUAUAUGGAAUCUUCCAGAUGAUCAACCAAGUUUAACAAGAUAUCGAUAUCACGAUCAUGUCUGCGAAAGAUUUGUCUCGGUAUUUAUAGAUCAGAUUUGUCGUUGGUGCCGAAAAAAUGGGUUGUUCCUAGAUGGCCAUAUGAUGGAAGAGCCAACGCUUUAUUCGCAAACUACCGCUCUAGGUGAAGCCAUGCGUUGUUACCAGAACAUGGACAUGCCAGGAAUAGACUUACUUGUUGAUGGUAUCGAAUUCAAUACUGCAAAGCAAGCUUCUAGCGUUUCUAGACAAAUGGGUCGUCGAGGUACAAUGUGUGAGAUAUAUGGAGUCACUCAUUGGUAUUUCACAUUCGAAGGUCACAAAGGCUGUGGUGAUUGGCAAGCAGCGCUAGGCAUUACCUUCCGUGUUCAUCACCUUGCGUGGGUAAGUAUGGCUGGAGAAGGGAAAAGAGACUAUCCAGCAUCUAUCAAUUAUCAAAGUCCCUGGUACAAAGAGUAUGGUUACGUCGAAGAUCAUUUUGCAAGAGUUGGCGUUGCAAUGACACGAGGAAGAGCAAUUACUCGAGUUGGAGUCAUUCAUCCUAUUGAGAGUUAUUGGUUAUGCUUUGGUCCUGAUCAAAGUGGUGAUGAAGCAGGGUCUUGUGAUCGCGCGUUUUCUGACCUUACGAACUGGUUACUGCACGGCUUGAUUGACUUUGACUUUAUAUCCGAAAGCUUAUUGCCAACUCAAGUGAGUCAGAAUCAAAAGGGUGACAAGCUGACGGUAGGACUUUGUGAAUACGAAGUGAUCAUUGUUCCAAACUUGCGCACCAUGAGGUCAUCAACUCUUAAAGUUUUGCAGGCAUUUUCGAAAGCUGGGGGUCAUGUCAUUAUUGCUGGGAGUUCACCUGAAUUGAUUGAUGCCACAGUUCCGUCACAGAAACCUAGAAUUGAACAUAGCACCAAUCUAUUCUGGAGUCAGCAAAACAUUUUGUGUGCUCUAAAUGGAUAUCGUGAUCUUUUGAUAACAGGAGAGACUGGUUCAUUAGCCGAAAAUCUGUUGUAUCAGAUGAGGGAAGAUGGAGAGGAAAGAUUUGUUUUCAUCUGUAACACAGACCAUACUUCCCCAAUCACAACAAAGAUUGGACUGAAAGGUCAUUGGGAUAUUUUGAAGAUGGAUACUUUCACUAGAGAAGAAAGUUUACUACCUAACCAGGCUGAGAAUGGCUGGACACAACUGCAAUAUAAGUUCGAGGGAUGCGCAAAUGCCACUGAAGUUCUGAGAAUCGAUAAUAUCAUUCGGGAUCGACUUAGAUUACCCCAUAAAGGAGCAGCAUUUAGACAACCUUGGUCGAUUCCGGCUUCAGAGAGAGCUCCCAAAACCCAUGUCACAAUGCGUUUUCUUAUUCAAUCCGAGUUUGAUGUCGAUACGCCGUUCAAACUCGCUCUCGAAGAUGCUAAAGCGAUGGAAAUAAGCAUAAACGAUACCAAGCUGAACUCACAAAAAGCUGAUGGCUGGUGGGUUGACGAAGCUAUCCAAACUUUGAAAAUACCCGCCAAUAUAAUCAAGAAGGGAACGAAUAUUCUCACCGUUUCUUUUCCAUUUGGAAUUCUGACAAACAUUGAACGUUUGUACUUGCUCGGAGAAUUUUCUGUUGGCACCAAGCACCUCAGAUAUCAACUCGAGCGGCCAAAGACCAUAUUCUGGGGAGACAUCACAAAGCAAGGUCUCCCAUUCUAUGCUGGAAACUUGACCUACAUCUGCAUUAUAUCGCUACCACCAAUGAGUCUUGAUAAAACUGUUCAUCUUUCAAUCCCCGAAUUUUCUUCGCCAGUACUCGCUGUGGCUUUAACUGACACGAAGCAAAAGCUUGGGCGUAUAGCUUUUCAGCCUCGAAUGUUGGAUAUCACAUCGCUUGGACCUGGAAUUCAUAAGAUUGCAAUUACAGCUUUCGGGAAUAGGUAUAAUUCUUUUGGGCAUAUACAUUUACCUGAUGGACUUACGAAUGGUUGCUCCCCGGAUAUUUGGAGAACCGCUGGGGAUUGGUGGACAGAUGAAUACAAUGUGAAACCGGUUGGUAUAUUGGAAUGCCCGAGUCUGAAAAUGGAGGUGUCUUCCUUUGAUAUAGUAAAUGCACGGAUUGAAGAAGGAUGGGAGAUGCUUGGAUAA